AUGAGCCUCUUGGGCGCCCAGCUGGUGCUGCUGCUGUUGCUGCUGCUGGUGGUGGUGCCGCCGCCCGCCGCCCUCGCGUGGCCGGGCCCGGGGUCGCCCGUGGGACCCGCCAAGACCCUCCUGCUCAUCCAGCCCGAGUCGACGGAGCCGCUGCCUGCCAAGGGCGCGCAAGGAUGCUAUUUCGGUGGCCGGUUCUACACCUUGGAGGACACCUGGCAUCCUGAUUUAGGGGAACCCUUUGGCAUUAUGCACUGCGUGAUGUGCACCUGCGAACCACAGAGAAACCGGAGAGGGAAACCUGCCGGCAAAGUCACCUGUAAGAACAUUAAGCAUAGUUGCCCCAAACUUCCUUGUGCCGAUGCUAUUGUGCUUCCAGGACAAUGUUGCAAAUCCUGCCCCAAAGAUCUGAUCUUCUCCAUUAACUAUGAAAGGCUGAGCCAACCAAUCCGUGUCCAUUUCUUGGAACCGGAUGGGACGGUCCUUUUUGAACAUCCUAUACAACAAGGCACCGUCUUCCAAGAUGGUAUGAUCUGUGGCAUGUGGCGGAAUUUGCAGAAGGCUUCGAUCCGAUUGUUGAAGGUGGAUCAGAUGCGCAUAACCCUAAUCACCCAGACUCAUCCUGCAGGGGAGGUUCAUGGCCAGAUCGUGAAGCACCGGGCCCUCUUUGCAGAGACUUUCAGUGCCAUCUUGACAUCCGUGGACCCAACUCACCUGAACAUGGGAGGCAUCGCUAUGCUCACCCUGAGCGACACAGAGAACAAUCUGCAUUUUGUCCUGGUUACUAAGGGCUUUCUGGCAUCGGCAGACAAAAAAUCCGAUCGGAUCCCUCUCAGGGUGCAAAUCCUACACCAGGACAAUGUUCUCAGGCAGGUUCUGGCUAAUGUCACCUUACAGGACCCCGAUUUUGCAGAGGUGCUGAUGGAACUGGGAAGUCAGGAGAUGCGCUGGCUGGCUCAAGGACAGCUGAGGAUGACCGCAGAGGUGGAAAGUGGAGUCCGUCGCAAGUUAGCUGGGCACAUCGCGAUCCGGAGAAGCUGUGACACCAUACAGAGUGUGCUUUGUGGAGCCAAUGCCUUGAUACCCACUCACACAGGGGCAGUGGGCUCUGCCAAGGUUGUGCUACAUGAAAAUGGGACAUGGGAAUACCAGAUCCAGGUAGCCGGGACAGGAAGCGAGGUGAUUGGCGUCACCUUGGAAACCAAACCCCGCCGAAGAAAUAAACGCAGCAUUUUGUAUGACAUGACCCACAGCUACAGGGAUGGCACGGCCAGUGGCUCCUGGACACAAGCCAGCGGGCGUGAUGCCCACAUGCUGCUGCAGAACGAGCUCUUCUUAAAUGUCGCCACCAAGGACUUUGAGGAUGGAGAAUUGCGUGGACAGAUAAACUCCAUGCUCUACAACGGACGCUUGGCCCGUUAUCAAGAAUUUCCUAUCCUUCUGGCCGGCCAAUUUGUAUCCCCUGCGGUGCACACGGGCUCUGCUGGACGCGCCUGGGUGUCCUUGGACAGUCACUGCCAUCUGCACUAUGAAAUUGUGGUGGCCGGCCUGGGCAGGGCAGAUGAUGGCACCGUGAGCGCUCACCUGCAUGGCUUUGCCGAACUGGGAGAGAUUCACGAGACCAGCCUCCCCGAGCACAGGAGGCUGCUGAGAAGUUUCUAUGGCACAGAGGCCCAGGGAGUGGUGAAGGACUUGGACGCAGAGCUGCUUCGGCACUUAGCCCAAGGCACAGCCUUCCUGCAAGUCAGCACCAAAGCGAACCCCCAAGGAGAGAUCCGAGGGAAGGUACAUGUUGAUUUUAAACUACAGGUGGGGGGAAUGAGAAGAAAUACAGCAGUAGUCUCCAAAUAUUUGAAGGGUCGUCAUCCAGGAGAUUUACCUUCUGCUGCCUCAAAGACCUUGGAGAAGAGCUCCUCCCUGCUCUCCGACAUGAUGCAGGCGGACGGCCCCCGAGCUUGCAAGUUUGGGCGGCAGUGGUACAUGCACAACGAGAGGUGGCACCCUACGGUGCCCCCUUUUGGGGAAAUGAAGUGCAUCACCUGCUGGUGCCUGUCUGGAGAAACACAUUGUGAGCGCCAAGAAUGUUCUCCAACCACUUGCUCCAAGGAAGGGAAAAAGGGAGACUCCUGUUGCACCCAGUGCCAAGCAUCAGAGAUCCUUCGAGAAGAAGCUCAAGGGACCUUUGAAGGGGUGACCAAGCACUCCUGGAGACAUUAACCAGCCAAAACCAAGAAGCACGGAUGCCCCCAAAAGAUAUUUUAGAGUUGCUAAGGCAGGCAGGCAGUCUGGAGCGAGAUCUUUCUGGGAACCUUCUUAAAGACACCCAAGUUUUGACAGUGGUCUCCAAGCCACAGGAAGACUUUCAGAUCUUCUCCUUGCAGAAGAAGCAUCCAUCCAUUCUCCUGAGCAGCUCUCCUUUCUCCUCUACCUAUGGCGUGGGCUUACACCUUUUUUGCACCUGCUUCUCUAAGGGGGAAAAAAAGGCAUUUAUGGGUUCCUUGAGGAACUGGGAAUUGAUAUUACAUGUCUAGGAUAUGCAGUAAAACUCUAGAAUGGAACCAGGAUUCUACCCAAAUUGUGGGCGCCUCUUCCAUGUCCCCUUGAACUUAACACGCUGAUGCCUUCAUCUUAAUUUCACAACCUCUCGGGAUACGUGACCUCUUCAAAAGGAACCAUAUUGCUUCAGUCGUACCAAACACGAUCCAAAGGAAGGGAAGCACC